GUGCACAGAGCUAGGUCAUUCCUGUUAAGAAAGGACCUUUGCUUCACGUAUAACCUCCUCAGCAAGAUGAACUGUGCGUUGGUUAUCGCCGUGUGCCUGAUUGGGCAGAUUUUGGGUAUGACUACGAUACCGUCACCCACACAUCAUCAUCAUGCGCACGAAUCCAAUGAAUUCGACUCAGCUAUGUUUUAUUAUGAUGCUCAUUCGCAUGAAAUGGUUAUGAAGCUUGGACAAAACUGUUACAUCGAGAAGCUGAAAACUUCAGUAAGACCGCAGGUACACACACCAGAAGGACUUUUGAGUAUGGAGAAUAACUUGAUGUUUCUCGUAGCCAAGGGUGUCCAUAAGCAGAUGUCCCAUGACGAUGUUAACGGUUUAAGCAUGCACGUGGAAAGCAUGUGCGCAGGUCAGGACGUGUUCGUCGUGUCAAGACCACAUCAUCACCACAGUACGACCGUUGGCGUAAUUGGUUGAUUGAUGAAUAAAUUAAAAACAUGUUAUUAAGUUUA